AAAUAUUGAUAUUAUAAAUAGUAAAAGUACCUCAAAAAGAUUUACAAAAAAGAUUUGUGUAUUAUUCGAUUCGAUUUAGAAAUUAAAGUAUUCUAAAAAAAACUUUAAUAAACUAAAAUUGAAGUUAUUCAAAGCCAUUGCAUUCACACAAUGUUUCGGCUGAUGUAUUGAAGGAUUAUGCUCAUGCUAUGCUUUUUGCAUUGCGUUCAUUCGCUGAACGUUCGUGGUAGUAGUAAGCGGUAAUAUGUAGUAAUAGUUGUAGUAGUAGUGAGAACUCAUACCAUCCCAAGCUCUAUUUCGGUGUUUGUUGUUUUCUUUGUCGUGUUUUUUUUUUUGGUGCUGUUCGCAACAUUAUUCAAACGGACGCGCCGGGGUUCGUUGUGUCGCGACAAGCCGGCGAUUUUUCGCUCGUUUCAUUAAUGUUUGGUGGCGCUUCGGUGGACGUACACGGUGGUGCCGCGUGUGUGUGGUUUUUCGCAGGUUUAAGCUGGUCAAAUAUUCGCUGUGUUUAGUGAUACACGAUUAUUCUAUUGGCCUAUCGUGGGUGGAACUGAACCUUAAUUUUGUGUCUGUUUGUGCUUUUUCUUUUGUGAACGGUUUUGUGAGCAUAUUUGGUCGGCGUGUUGGCAAAAGCAUAGAACAAGUUUUUUUUGUGGAAGAAGGAUAAACAUCAAUCUAAGAGAACAACAAAAUGGCUAAUACUCCAGAAAAGAUUCCUCUUGAGCAGCAACAGCAGCAAGCGCCUGCCAAUCCGUUGUAUCCUAACAUUGGUCAGGAUGCGGCCAACCCAUUGCUUCCACAGGCUGCACCAGCCUAUCCAGCGGUCCCAAUGACUACGGGACCACCACCUCCGCCCGGUUACAUGCCGGUGCCGCAGAACGGAAUGCCGAUCAUGACACAGCCAGGCAUGCCGAUGCAACCCGUACUUGGUCAGCAGCAAGUUAUGUCCUGGAUGCCUAUGCCGCAGGGCAUACCCAACUGUCCGCCUGGCUUGGAAUACCUGACGGCAGUUGAUCAGCUGCUCGUACAUCAGCAGGUCGAGCUGCUGGAGGCCUUCACCGGUUUCGAGAUGGCCAACAAGUACACCGUAAAGAACACCUUCGGGCAGAACGUGUACUGGGCGGUGGAGGAUACCAGCUGCUGUACCCGCAUGUGCUGCGGUCCAGAUCGCCCAUUCGACAUAAAGAUCCUGGACAACUACCAGAACGAGGUGUUGCAUCUGCACCGUGAUCUGCGCUGCAAGUCGUGCUGCUUCCCUUGCUGUCUGCAGAAGCUGGAGGUGUCCGCUCCACCGGGUACCGUGAUCGGCACGGUCGUCCAGAAGUGGAGUCUCUGCCGUCCGGUCUUUGACAUACGUGAUCGUAACAACGAAACGGUGCUGACCAUUCGUGGCCCUGUUUGUCAGUGUUCACCUUGUGGUGAUGUGAAGUUUGCCGUAUUUUCUAAAGAUGGUACCGAAGUCGGUAAGGUGACGAAGCAGUGGACCGGAUUCGUACAGGAACACUUUACCGAUGCGGACAACUUUGGCAUCAACUUCCCGAUGGAUCUGGAUGUGAGGGUGAAGGCUACCAUGCUUGGAGCACUAUUUUUGAUUGACUACAUGUACUUUGAGAGCGGCCCGAAUAAGAAAAUACGCCGUUAAACAUGGUUUCCCGCAUGAAGAAAUUGAAACCGAAAACCUUUAAUAACGCCUUACUGUUGAAAUAUUGAAGAAAAAACAAAAACAAAUCUACAAACAGACAGAAAUCUUAUGUCAUUUGCAUUUACAGCUCAGGAUUUUUACAACGGAUGCCACCUUGCACAAACAACUGCGGGACACAAUAAUAUUUUCUCAGGAAGUCAAAAUAUUUUACACGUACAUCACGUACACGUGAUAAACGAUUCAGGUGCCAGAAGCUGAUGAUGGGAGAUGUUUAAAAAAAGAGGAGAAGAAGAUGAUAUUUUUGUCCUACUUAAAAAGUGUUCUUAAAACAUGUUGCACAAAAACAGUUUUUCACUGCUAUAAUUUUUUUUGUAUACCUGUUUUUUGUCCUCGUGCUUAAUGAGCUUAGCUAUAGCAGAGAAAUGAUUUACAAAAUCAUUAAUAGCGUUUAGGGAUGAAUAAUGCUGCUUAAUAUUUGGUGUAGAAUGUAAGCAAAAUGAAUACUCAACCACUGUUAAAAAUGUCAAGAAUUUCGAAAUCGAUCAUCGAGCUUUGGUGUAAUUUUAUUUUUUUUAAUCGAUUUUUUUUAAUCAAAAUUGUUAUAACACUACUCCUCGUGCAUUUAAUAUACUUUACGCAUGGAACACACUAUCUCGACUAUUUUACUCGACAGUGCCAAUGGAGAAUACAAAAUCACAAUGCGCAUGUAAUGACUUGUGGAACAACAGAUAACAACAGAUGGAAAUCCAAGAAAAAAGUAUCUAUACAAUGUCAGCAAUGUUUCAAAAACUUCCUUGUCAAUGCGUAUGUUCCUUUCUUACUAAUGAAGAACAAAUAAAUUUUAUUUUAAGCCAA